GCUCGGUUGGUGAACAGUUGCUUUUAGUCUAAUGGACCCGAGUAGCUCGUUCCUGAGCCUCUAAAGCGGUGAAACCGAGUUGUAGUGAGCUUGGCUGCCUGCGGGCUUCGUCUCCCGGCAGGGACCGUGAUGGCUGCUGUCGUGUGAGAACAGGAGCGGGUCGAGAGGACGCAGGGAGCCGGAGAGAAGCAGCCUGUUUCAGGUGUCAACUGGUAAAAACGCCUGAGUGUGUGGGUGCGUUUGAGUGAGUGUGUGUCUGUGUGUGAGUGCACACGUGUAGGCACGUGUGUUUUCCCAGGCCAGUCAGUAUUUGGAGCAGAGGGUGACCUGAACACACCACAGAGGGACAAUGAGUGAGCUGGAACAGUUGCGGCAGGAAGCCGAGCAACUACGCAAUCAGAUCCGGGAUGCCAGGAAAGCCUGCAGCGACUCCACUCUGUCACAGAUCACAGCUGGUCUGGACUCAGUGGGCCGGAUACAGAUGCGGACGCGACGCACUCUCAGGGGCCACCUGGCCAAGAUCUAUGCUAUGCACUGGGGAAGCGACUCCAGGUUACUCGUCAGUGCCUCGCAGGAUGGAAAGCUUAUCAUCUGGGACAGCUACACAACAAAUAAGAUGCAUGCCAUCCCACUGCGCUCCUCAUGGGUGAUGACAUGCGCCUACGCCCCCUCCGGUAACUAUGUGGCCUGCGGAGGCCUGGACAACAUAUGCUCUAUAUACAGCCUGAAGACCCGUGAAGGCAAUGUGCGCGUUACGCGAGAGCUGCCGGGACACACAGGUUAUUUGUCCUGCUGUCGUUUCUUGGAUGACAACCAGAUACUGACCAGCUCUGGAGACACCACCUGUGCAUUGUGGGACAUAGAGACAGGCCAGCAGGCUACCGUCUUCACUGGCCACACAGGAGACGUGAUGAGUUUGUCUCUCAGCCCUGACUACAAGACCUUUGUGUCAGGAGCCUGUGAUGCCACCUCCAAGCUUUGGGACAUCCGUGAUGGCAUGUGCAGGCAGUCCUUCACCGGCCACGUGUCCGACAUCAACGCUGUCACCUUUUUCCCCAAUGGAAACGCCUUUGGCACAGGCUCAGAUGACGCCACCUGCAGGCUGUUCGACCUGCGUGCCGACCAGGAGCUGAUGAUGUACAGCCAUGACAACAUCAUCUGCGGGAUCACCUCUGUGGCUUUCUCCAAGAGCGGCCGUCUGCUCCUGGCCGGCUACGAUGACUUCAACUGCAAUGUUUGGGACACUCUGAAAGGGGAGCGCGCAGGUGUGUUGGCGGGCCACGACAACAGAGUGAGCUGUUUAGGGGUGACAGAAGACGGCAUGGCUGUAGCCACCGGCUCCUGGGACAGUUUCCUCCGGAUCUGGAACUAAAACAGACCUCCUCCCCCCGCCACACCCAAUCACUGCCUGCCAACCUCCACCUUGCAAACUCCCCCCCACCCACGAUAUCCCCCAACUCAUCUGCUGGGCUGGACCUGAGGGGUGCACACUGUCAGCCAAAAUCCUCUUCAUUCACCCCCAGUUCUCCUCUCUCCGGCCCACCUGAGAGAGAGUACUGACUCUUUCUACCUUUCCAAGUGAUUUUCUUGUUUGCCCAGCUACACACACAAAAAUAAGAACCGUCCAGUAGAGUUGUCCAAUCAAAACAAAAGUAAAAGUUACAAAAAACUGAAGGAGAAAAAGUAGAAGAUUUCGUCUGUUACAAUGACCAACAACAAAUGCGAUGACUGUCGGUGUGUAAUAUGUAAAUGUAUAUAUAAAGACAGUAUAUAUGUAUAGCAUUAUGUGUGUAUAUAUGCAUCAUAUAUGCAUAUAUAAUGUGUAUGUAUAUAUUUUUGUAGUUUAUUUCCCACCCUUGAGUUUUUUAAUAUAAUUUGGGGGGUUUUACGUUUUGUUUCAAAUGCACUUAUUGACACAUCAAAAUGCCAAAUACACUUAUUUGGGCCCAUGUGACUUUCAGACCAGUUCGACAUAGCAACGGAUCAUAAUUUGACCUAAAAAGUCUCCUUUACAUUUUCUAGCAUUUGCUGUCAGUGAACCUCUCUCAUCCAGCAACAAAACAAAAAAAGCAGAUGACGAGCAAACAACAAUUUUCAAAAACAAUUAUUUGGCUCCGCUCAACUCCCUUUCCUCAUUUAUAUGUGUAUUAUGGUCACAGGCAGUGGGCUUAACUCGGGCAUCCUGCACCUCUAAAUGUUGCUUUCAUGUGAAUGAUGACUGUGAUGGCAUUCUUUUCUUUUGCUAUUUGUUUUUUGACAACACCACCCCGAGCAUUCCUCACCACAGACUUUUAUUUUGGAAGGAAACUGUCACACUGCUGUGGUUGUGAUUAUAGAGACGGAGCUUAAAACCAACAAGCUUUGUUUUAAGGUUUUUAGUUUGAAUUCAGCUUUAGCUCCAAACUAGAGGCAAGUGAAUUUUAGGCUAAAAUAAGAAAAUGUUCGGAAGUCCUGCUUUGGUCUCGAUCUGAGAGGAUUUCAAAUUAUCAGAUGCUGAAUAUCUGAAGACCACAGCCAUUCCAUGCAAACUGCUGUGAAAUGAUCAAUAACCCAAUAAUGCUCCUAAACAUCAUCUGCAUCGUGUCUCUUGUAGCCUUCUGAAUCUACACUUAUCCUAUAAUUUGGCAUGAGCAUCUCAAGUCGCCCAUACAAAUGACACUGUGGAGAGAGAUCUGUUCUCCCUGAGCAGACGCUGCUCUCUACUUGUGUAUGGACUAUCAGAAACAGAGAUUGCUCAGUCGCCAUGUGAGGAUAUGACAAGACGAUUUAAGGACAGCAGUGACUCUGUCAGAGGCCUCUGAGGACCAGAGAACAGAAGAAGAGUGAGAAACCUGUCUGUCAGUGCUCACCACGUUAUUUUUCUUUUUCUUUCCUAAAUGAAGGAUCAAUGUGUCCUUUUUGUUGUUAACAAGGUGUGAACUGAGUGACUGCAUGGGACUGAAAUCAUGUUAGCCACUCCAAAAAACACAUCAGUGCCACCACAAGCCUGUAAAAAAAAAAAAAAAAAAACAAACAAAAAAAAUUGAAGGGUUUAACACACAGCAAUUUCUUUUUCGUCACCAAAAACAUGUUAUGAACUGUUAGAUAUUGCUAGUGUAGAAAGUACACUUGGUAGACAGACAUGUACAUUUAAUAGAGAGCUAGAGAUGCACUCACAAACUGUAGUACAAACGUAUACCAUGGAGCACGUGACUUAUUUACCCAUAGAGAUAGUAGUUCUGAUUUUUGAGUAUUUGCUCAUCAGGCAUCUUCCAUUAUUUUGGUUCUUCUAAUCUAAAGGCUUAAUUUUUUUUUUUUUUUUUAAGAUUAAAACAAAUAAUGUGCGUGAGUUGGACCUAUCCAUCAGCUGUCUCAGGUGCCUAUCUCUGAAUAUUAACAUUGGACACACAUGCGCCGGAUAAAGAAGGGGCUUGUGCUCCUUUUGGGAUGUGGCACUUAAGUGUCUCAUCCUGCCUUACGAUACCAUUCAUAAAAGAAGGUAAUACGUGCAUCGACAACUGCAAUGUUCUCCUCUUGCUAUUCCUUUUUACACACUGAUCAACAAGAAGAUUGCUAUUUCUCUUUCUUUCCCGAUAGAAGCACAUUCUGAUACUAGUGAACACUAAAAGCAUGCUUACGGUAAACCACAUGCAGCGCCAUACUGCUUCUUAUAGCAAGUGUUUUACAUCACUUUUUAUACAAUUCUGUUUUCUACUACUACCGUACAGUUUGUAGUAUUUAUCAGCUGUUAAUGAAACCCCCUAUUUGGCGAACCUGUAUUUUUUUUUUUUUAAGUUUGAGCUGCUUCUACCCGGCUUUGCAUUAAAGGAAUCCAUUUGGAGAGAAUUUAAAAAUAACAGUUCUAGUUUUAAGCCUGAGAAUAUCUCUGAGGUGUGUAGGAUGAGAUAUGUAUCGCAUAUCAGUGUGGAGGUGUGUG